AUGUGGUCGUCGUGGGUCCGCCGGAGCAAGACCUCCGGGCGGCUCACGCAGUCGCCGUCCUUCUCAUCGCCCACGGUUUCGUCGCCCACCGGCAAGGACAACCCGGGCAUCGGCGCGGUCCUCGACGACGCGGCGGCCGAUGCUAGCCCCACUGCCGGAGCCGGAGCCGGCGCCGGCGCCGGCUCAGGGAGCAAGAUCGUCCUUCACCGCUCGCGGUCGGCGUCGAGGCUGUGGACGUGCAAGUCGUUCGCGGCGGCCGCGGAGGCCGCGGCGGCUUCCGUGGCGGGGGAGCGCCGCGUCGUGCUCUACUUCACCUCCCUCCGCGCCGUGCGCGCCACGUUCGAGGACUGCCGCGCCGUGCGCACGAUCCUGCGGGGGCUCCGCGUCUCGGUCGACGAGCGGGACGUGUCCAUGGACGCCGCCUACCUCGCCGAGCUCCGCGCGCUGAUGCGGCGGGACCGCCCGUCCCUGCCACAGCUCUUCGUCGGCGGCAGGCUCGUCGGGGACGCCGAGGAGGUGCGCCUCCUGCACGAGAGCGGGGAGCUCCGGCGCGUCCUGGCCGGCGCGGCGCAGGCGGCGCCCACGCCGUGUGCACCGUGCGGAGGCUCGCGGUUUGUGCCGUGCGGCGCAUGUUGCGGCAGCCACCGCCGGUUCAGCGAGAAGACCGGCGGUUUCCGCGUCUGCGGGUCCUGCAACGAGAAUGGGCUUGUCCGGUGCGCCGCCUGCUCCUCCGGCAGCUGA